AUGCACGGGAAGAACGCAUUAUUGGGGGAAGGCCUAACUACCAAGCUGCACAGGAAGAACGCAUUAUCGGGGGAAGGCCUAACCAUCAAGCUGCACAGGAAGAACGCAUUAUCGGGGGAAGGCCUAACUACCAAGCUGCAUAGGAAGAACGCAUUAUCGGGGGAAGGCCUAACUACCAAGCUGCACAGGAAGAACGCAUUAUCGGGGGAAGGCCUAACCAUCAAGCUGCACAGGAAGAACGCAUUAUCGGGGGAAGGCCUAACCAUCAAGCUGCACAGGAAGAACGCAUUAUCGGGGGAAGGCCUAACUACCAAGCUGUACAGGAAGAACGCAUUAUCGGGGGGAAGCCUAACCAUCAAGCUGCACAGGAAGAACGCAUUAUCGGGGGAAGGCCUAACCAUCAAGCUGCACAGGAAAAACGCAUUAUCGGGGGAAGGCCUAACCAUCAAGCUGCACAGGAAAAACGCAUUAUCGGGGGAAGGCCUAACCAUCAAGCUGCACAGGAAGAACGCAUUAUCGGGGGAAUGCCUAACCAUCAUGCUACCAAGAUGCACGGGAAGAACUUAUUAUCUGGGAGGCCCAACCAUCAAGCUGCACGGGAAUAACGUAUUACCGGGGGAAGGCCUAACUGUCAAGAUGCACGGGAAGAACGCAUUAUCGGGGGAAGGCCUAACUACCAAGCUGCACAGGAAGAACGCAUUAUCGGGGGAAGGUCUUACCAUCAAGCUGCACAGGAAGAACGCAUUAUCGGGGGAAGGCCUAACCAUCAAGCUGCACAGGAAUAACGACUUUGUUACAUUCGAGAGACACAAUCUGGAACAACCACACGAACAACAGAAGACGAUUCUCCAAAUCAACAUGCUGGUGUCAUAA